AUGUCCGAACCGUUUGACAAAGCUCUACACGCAUGGCAGACACAAAGAUCCUUCAGGGAUUGUAACAAACCUGCAAUGAUGCCUUCGGGUUAUAAACCCAAACUUCCUUUGGCACUCGACAACAUAUCUUUUACUUUCUGGAAUAAAUUCAGGCCUGCAGCAGAGUACUCAAAGUCGUCUGAGGCUUUGUCGGGGAUCCCAGCCCGAAUUUCCAACUGUCACUUUGAAUUUCCGUUAAAGCAACAAGUGCUUGGGAUAAUGCCGUUUGCUUGGUUGUCAAAAAAUCAGCGGUCACCACCGCCACCACCUAUUGACCAGUUCUCAUCUCUUGAAGACAAUAUGACUAUAAAGUCUACUGUCUAUAAAGUAAAUGUCGCAAUAGAG